CCCUCUUUCUUCCAUGUCCCAUUUCUUCAAUCCUGCUACAAACUAAGCAACAGCAGCACAGAUAUCUCAUUCUAAGCUCAAGUUUUCUUCUUUCAGCGGAAAGUUCGCUCCUUUGCUGGUCCAGAUCUGAGGUCACAUUGCACUUUCGUCGCCGGCAGUGGGACCCAUUUCAGCACCCAAGCUCACCGGGAUCUGCUCUCGCCGGGAGUUGUGGGUGUGGAUUUGGGUGCGGAUCUGGGUGCAAUUUCUGUCGAGUCGCGGUUUUUUAAGGAGGAGUUUGUUUUUCGCUAGAGAUCUGGAGAGUGAAGCUGCUUUCUUGUCUUCAGAAAUAUGGCUUCUGAUACUGCUCUAAGUCAAGGCCUAUCUAAAAAGACGGGUCUCUUUGGCCUGAAGAUAUGGGUUGUGAUUGGUAUUGGCAUUGGGCUUUUCAUGUUUUGCGUCUUUGUAGUAAUAGCAAUAUGUCUUUCUGUUCGGAAUCGGAGGAGGUUAAGAAGAAGGGCUUCAGGUAAUCUCCCGGUUAGUCAAAUUCCAGCUGUUUCAAAAGAAAUUAAGGAGGUAAGGGUAGAGCAAGUCUCAUCUGAUGGCUUUGUUCCACGUGAUGGAAUUCUACUUACAAUCCACGAUAAAACUAGCGAUAAUGACUCGGAUAAGGUCAUGCUUCAUUUGGGCUUGGGUAAAUCGAGGCAUGGGGAGACUAAUAGUCAUUCAGGUUCCUUUCAUCAUGUGGAUAAAGAUGCUAGUUCUCAAUCAGGGGAAGAAGGAGGUUCAGGGACAUUUGGUGUCUAUAGACCAUCCUCUUCCUAUCCAAUAACAGCACCUUCACCUUUAGUUGGUCUCCCUGAGUUCUCUCAUCUAGGUUGGGGUCACUGGUUUACAUUAAGGGAUUUGGAACUCGCUACUAAUAGAUUUGCAAAGGAUAAUGUCCUUGGUGAGGGUGGUUAUGGAGUUGUCUACCGCGGUCAUUUGAUCAACGGGACUCCGGUUGCUGUUAAGAAGCUUCUCAAUAACCUAGGCCAAGCUGAAAAGGAGUUCCGAGUGGAAGUUGAGGCCAUUGGUCACGUACGACACAAAAACUUAGUUCGGCUCCUGGGUUAUUGUGUGGAGGGCACCCAAAGGAUGCUAGUUUAUGAGUAUGUCAAUAACGGAAAUCUGGAGCAGUGGCUUCAUGGAGCCAUGCGCCAGAGGGGUUUCCUCACUUGGGAGGCUCGUAUAAAGAUUCUCCUUGGAACUGCUAAGGCUCUAGCCUACUUGCAUGAAGCCAUUGAGCCGAAAGUGGUGCAUCGAGAUAUUAAAUCCAGUAAUAUAUUGAUUGAUGAUGAAUUUAAUGCCAAAGUGUCAGACUUCGGUCUGGCUAAGCUUCUUGGUGCCGGGAAGAGUCACGUAACUACUCGAGUAAUGGGGACAUUUGGGUACGUGGCACCCGAAUAUGCAAAUACUGGACUUCUUAAUGAAAAGAGCGAUGUUUAUAGCUUUGGCGUUGUCCUGUUGGAGGCCAUUACAGGGAGAGAUCCAGUGGACUAUGGUCGCCCAACAAAUGAGGUAAAUCUUGUCGACUGGCUUAAAAUGAUGGUUGGCAGCAGGCGCUCAGAGGAGGUGGUGGACCCAAAUAUAGAGACGAAACCAUCUACAAGAGCUCUCAAAAGGGCCCUUUUAACUGCUUUGAGGUGUGUUGAUCCUGAUUCAGAGAAGAGACCAAAGAUGGGUCAGGUUGUCCGAAUGUUGGAAUCUGAUGAUCCAAUUCCACGCGAGGAUCGAAGGCAUAGAAGGACCCAAGCAGGGAGCUCAGAAAUUGAGUUGCAGAGAGGCGAGAAUUCUGAUACCGAUAAAAGCGAUAAUCCAGAUUCCAAAGACUCCACCAGUAUAAGGAACAGGCUGCCUUCAAACAAAUGAGAUGUACUUGAAGACUCUUCGAGGUAAUUCAAGUCUACUUGCUCUCAUUCUUUGGUAACCGCUUCGUCCUUUGGGUUACAACUGAUCUGACACUCAAACUGAAGGCUUUACUGCUGCUCAAACCCAGAUUUUAGACAGCAGCAGGCAAACCACUGUAUUUUUCUUCCAUAUUUUCCUUCUUUUUAUUGUUUUAGUGUACCUACGGUGUAUUCGAAAGUGCUCAAGACUCUGUGUACAGUUUGUAGAUCUUUGAAAGAUUGAUUCUUUUAAUGACUUGGACCUAUUUUAGAUUGCUUGCUGAA